AUGUGCGCGCCCGCACCACGACCUAGCUACCUGCUUUCUUUGCCCAAUUUUCUUUGUUUCUUUCUCCGGAUCUACGCAAGUGGUAAUGGGGACACUGGGGCUUCUUGGCUGUUUCAGGGCUUCGUGGCCAAGCCGGAGACCCUGCCGGAUGGGUCCGUCAAUCUGAUGCUCUGGCGGUGCGUCAUCCCCGGCAAGCCAGGGACUGACUGGGAAGGUGGAUAUUACCCGCUCACUAUGCAAUUUGAUGAUAAUUACCCAACUACCGCUCCUAGCUGCAGGUUCCCAGCAGGUUUCUUCCAUAUCAAUGUCUACGAUUCUGGAGCAGUAUGCCUAUCGAUCCUGGGUGGUGCAUGGAAACCUUCAAUUACAGUGAAGCAGGUUUUGGUGGGCAUCCAGGAGUUGCUUGAUGACCCAAAUCCUGACUCAUCCGCACAGCAUCGAUGCUACGAACUCUAUAAAAAGAACAUGCCAGAGUACAAGAACAAGGUCCGUGAGCAGGCCAAGCGCUACCCUUCGCGCAUGUAG